GUCGUGCCUUUUCAUUUAUCCUCAAUUAAAUUCUAUUAAUAGUUAAUUAAUCAGUUUAGGACAGAAAUAAGUUCAAUAGGUUAUGGGCCCAGACGCCUUAUUAGUGUAGGGAUAAUAGAAAACAGUAAAAGUGCAAAAAUUAGUGAGAUGCAAGUUGAUUAGGUUACCGGCAUAACCUCCGUUCGACACCGGCAUCUUUCUUUUCAGCCUUUAUUUCAGCUAUCGGAUAUCUUACACUAAUAAACAUGAAUGCAAUGGCUCAAAUGGAGCGUUUGAAAGGCCGCGAGAAUUUCACAACUUGGAGUUUUACCAUGAAGACGUACCUCGAGCACGAGGACCUAUGGAAAUGUAUAGAACCCGAGGAAAAACAAGUGAUCAGCGCAGCCGAGGACACAAAAGCUAAGUCAAAAAUUAUAUUACUAGUAGAUCCCAUUAAUUACAUCCAUGUGCAAGAGGCUAAGACUGCUAAAGAAGUAUGGGCUAACCUGCGAAAGGCGUUUGACGACUCCGGCUUGACUAGAAAGGUUGGACUGUUACGUGAAUUAAUUACUACGGAUUUAGAAAGCUCAGGGAAUGUGGAGAGUUAUGUGAACAAAGUCAUUUCAUGUGCACACAAGCUAAGGAACAUAGGUUUCCUCGUUGAUGAUGAGUGGCUGGGUACGCUGCUGCUGGCAGGGUUACCGGAGACGUACAGGCCUAUGAUCAUGGCAAUGGAGAGCUCAGGUGUGAAAAUUAGUACCGAUUUAGUUAAGACUAAAAUACUACAAGAAGUUAAAAAUGAAAAUGACUCCGAGGCUUUCUAUUCUAAUCAUCACAAAAGGAAUGAGUAUAAGAGUUCUGGUUUUAGAAAGGGUCCCCGUUGUUUUAAAUGUAACAAGUAUGGUCAUAUUGCAAGGAAUUGUUACACUGGUACAGGCUCAAGUCAAAGAACAAAGUCUAAGGAUGAUGAAAAGACUUCAGGUUAUGUAGCUGCAUUCUCUGCUUCAGCAUCAAGUGUUGAGAAUGGUUGCUGGUAUAUUGACUCAGGGGCAGCGAUGCAUAUGACAAACAACAAUGAGUGGAUGUAUAACACAGGCCCUUCUACCGUACCCAGUAUUAGAGUGGCAGACAAUAAGACUCUUACAGUUAAAUGCUGUGGAAAUGUGGACUUAAAUGUUAAUGAUGGUGUAGUACAGCUGAAAAAUGUUUUAUAUGUCCCCGAUCUCUCAGUAAAUUUGUUAUCUGUCCGACAAAUGACACAAAAUAACUGUCACGUUGAAUUUGAAAAGGACUGUUGUAAAGUAUACCAGAAUAAAAAGCUGGUCUUAACUGGCCAUGCUCAGAACAAUCUCUUUGUGGUAAAUAAUGACUGUUAUGCACUUCUCACUUCAGCUCAUCUCUGGCACCAAAGGAUGGGCCAUCUCAACUACAAGGAUCUGAUGAAACUUGAAGACUGCACAGAAGGAGUACAGAUGGACCACAAGACUGAAAAUGCUAUACUAUGCACUACAUGUCUAGCGGGGAAGCAAACUAGACAGCCUUUCAAGCACACUGGUACAAGGGCUUCCGCACUCCUUGAGGUAAUACAUUCAGAUGUAUGUGGCCCUAUGGAGGAACAGUCAUUAGGAGGUGCGAGGUACUAUGUCACAUUCAUUGACGACUACUCAAGAAAGGUAUUCGUCUAUUUUAUUCAAGCAAAAUCAGAAGUUCUCAGCAAGUUUAAAGAAUUUAAGAAUAUGGUUGAGAAUCAAUUGGAUAGAAAAAUCAAAGUGCUACGAUCAGAUAAUGGUGGCGAGUAUGUAAAUGAAGCCUUUGAUAAGUUUUGUAGAGAUGCAGGUAUCAUACAACAGCAUACUAUCCCAUACACUCCGGAGCAAAAUGGAAUGAGUGAGCGAAUGAAUCGCACAUUAACUGAACGUGCUAAGUGUAUAAAUGCCAACUUGCCAAAGAAGUUUUGGGCUGAAGCCAUUUCUACUGCUGCAUAUGUCACUAAUCGGUCACCCACUAAAUCCCUAGAUUACAAGACACCUGAAGAAAUAUGGACCGGCAAGCGACCUGAUGUCAGCAGUAUGAAAGUGUUUGGGUGCAAGGCAAUGAUGCACGUCCCAAAGGAACGGCGACUGAAAUGGGAUAGUAAAUCGAAGGAAGUGAUUUUUCUUGGAUACUGUACGGAGUCCAAGGGCUAUAGAUUGUAUGACAUGAAGCAAAAGAAAGUUGUAAAAGGAAGAGAUGUAGUAUUCAUAGAAGACAGUGUAAAAAAGGAUUUUACAAUCACGCUGAGUGAUAUGAGCACACAAGACAAUGAAGAGAAUAAAGAUAACAACAACUGCACAAGAAAAGUCAGUUCAGUAAAGGAUAAUAGCAUAGAUGUAAGCAUCCAAGAUGACGAUGAAGAUUAUGUCCCCGAUGGUCCUGUGCAAAUCACUAUGCCGCCUACGCAGAGAAAUUUAAGGCCAAGGAAAAAUGUAAUGCCAACAUAUUUGUGUGAAUCUGAAGAUAUUGUGUCUGAUCCACACACCGCACAAGAAGCCUUGGCCAGUAACAAUGCGCUAAAGUGGAAGGAGGCAAUGGACUGUGAAUAUAAUUCAUUAGUAGAGAAUAAUACCUGGACAUUAUGUGAUCUACCAUCUGGAUGUAAAGCUAUCCCUUGCAAAUGGGUUUUUAAAACAAAAAUGGAUGAUAAAGGAAAUAUUUCAAGACACAAAGCAAGAUUAGUCAUCAAGGGAUAUGAGCAAAGAGAAGGAAUAGACUAUACAGAAGUUUAUGCUCCAGUUGUAAGAUCAACUUCCCUCAGACACAUGAUUGGGCUUGCAGCUAAAUUGAAACUGGACAUAGAGCAGCUAGAUGCAAUGACUGCGUUCUUGCAGGGUGAUAUAGAUGUCGAAUUGUACAUGGAACAACCAUCACAGUAUGAAAAUGGUACACAGCAAGUCUGCAGACUGCAGAUUAAAUAA